AUGAUUGAAUUGGAUGAAGAUCAAAAAGAAUUAGUUGAAAAAAUCGAAAACAUGCGAAUUGAAAUCGAGGGAAAAGCAGACAAGCUUGCUGUUGAGCAGAUUGAAAGAUACCAAAUGGAAUUAAUCAACAUAAAAAAAGGAGAGAAAUCUAGACUUCAAGUUUUAGAAAAAAGCUCACGCGAUCCAGAAUUAAUUUGUCAUGACUGUAUAGAUAAUGAUGAUAUGGAAACAGCUUUUUUGACAGUAUUACGUUAUAUAGAAAUUAUUCUCGGAACAAAAGCAGAAUCACAGCUUGUUGAGGAAAAGUCUUCAAUAGAGUAUGUAGAAACUCUUUUCGAUCGAUUAAACGUUAUGUCAAGGCAACAAAUUAGUGACUCUAACGCAAUGCUUAAAAACGUAUUAGAGACUCGAUUAAAUAAACUAUUCGAUAAUUUUACUGACUUCUCAACAAAAGUUACGACAAGACUCAAUAAAUGUGAGGCAGAAAUUUCUCAUUUGGAGGAUAUGGCUCUAAAUUCUAAAUUGAUAGAAGUUCCUAAGUUCGACACUCAACACAUUCCAAUUCAAUUGAUUACAGAAAAGACAAAACCAGUUAUUAAAAAGAGACUAUUUAAAAAAUGCAAGCUGCAGCCAAUGCGUGCAUCAAUAAGGCGUGGUGAAGAGAAUCCUGAUCUUAUGCUUUCAUCUGGAGUUCAAUGA